GUACUCCUUGACCCUCUGGUUUCGCACUCCGAUGCUCCCCUCCAAGGCGGAUCGCAUGCUGUUGCUGGAUUUGCCGCGAGGUGAGAUGGAGAGCGAAGAAGAAUCAGCCACCAAUGGCAGCAGCUCCGUCUUCGUGUGGCGGGGAGGCGUGGUGGCGCCAGAAGGGUACCAUGAACCCUCACUGCAGAAGAAAGACUUGGAUGCAUCGUCCAAGCUGCGUCAGAUGAUGAACGGCGAAUGGAGGCUGAAGUUCAGUGCCAGCGAAGGGGAGAAAGAGAAGAAGGCGGAGAUGCUCCUGUCGAUGGAGCCCUCCGGGCGCUUGUUACUGUCGCCCUCGCGCGGCGCGGCGUCGCGGAAACAAGACGCCCAGAGCCGCACCUGCUUUGGGGUACGAGUGAAGUUCCAGCAAGAGGUCAGAGAGUACAUCGAACUUCAUUGGAACAAUCAGCCACCUGAGGAUUUCCAAGUGGUGCUGGACUAUUUGUGGCAGAAGAUUCGUAGCUGUUGCAAUGUGGCCAUGGAGGGCAGGUCUUGGUCUGAGAUCGGUUGGCCUGGCUCCCAGAAUCAGGUGAAGCGCAAAGCGAAGAAAGACCUGCAGAGCCGCGGCGAGGUCCUCGUGGCCCGAGGCUUACCGGCCUUGGACGCCUUGCGCAUCGCCCGGGCGUUGAAAGAAUACUCCACGGCCGGAGCCGAGUUCGUGGAAGACAAGUCUCAAGCAAAUGAGCUGAAAGUCGGCGAUAUGGUUCAGUUGGCGUCCACCGGCGCUUUUGGCGGCGUCAGCGGUCUCAACAGUGGCAUCCAGAUCUCGCCCCACAUGGGCGGCGGGGGUCUGUUCGGGGCAUCGCCGCCCUCUGUGCCCUUCGGAGCCUUCGAUUUCGGUCUCUUUGGUGGCAGCAGCUUGGAGCCGGGCGAAGCGGGCAAGGUGACGAACGUGAACUUCAACCGCGGGCAAGUGCACGUCGAAGGGAAGAAGGGCGGCCGCUGGUAUACAGAGGAUGAAGUGAUGAAAGUCGACCCGAAAGCCUUGGGUUUGGUCCCUCUUACCGACUCGGAAUGGGCUGGCUUGCCCUCGACACGGUCCAACUAUGUGACCUUCUCUCAGCAGCUGCCGAACCCCCUGCUGGAAGGUGGCUGGAUGGGGAAAGGCCGAGCGGAGAAGGCGGAGGAGAGCAGUGGUGCAGAGGUGGACUUGAACUUUGAUGUGGUGCAGAUGGGCUUCAUGUCCAGCUAUGUCGAUGCAAAGGUCUUCUACGCCGAAGCGGGCCUCGAAAUCCGCGGCCACUGGCGCGCGGCCGACGGCAGCGUGGGAAGCGUGGUGGGGACCAAAGCACUGGCGGGACUGGCUUUAGGAGGCCUUUGGCAUUUGGAACUUCAGACAGGGGCUGAGUCCAUGCAACAUGCCUGGAAUUGCUGGUUCUCCAGCUUCCCGCCCAGCAGCGGCAGCAACACCUCCACCAUCCAGAUCAGCGGCGCCGCGCUGGCCGGACCGCUGCUGCAGGAGGGCUCGGCGCCGGAGAAUGCACCGCCACCGCUGCUGAUCAGUGGAGAGAUGACGGGUAAAGGCGGCGUGUCCUUUACAAUGUCAGCCUCACCAGAGGAUUUGCCCAAACUGGAAGCACUUGGAGCUAAGAACUGGAUCGGUUCCACCUGGGAGGGCGACCUGGGCACUGAUCGUUGGCUCCGGGGCGCCUGGCGCGUGGGCUCCGAGCGCAGCGGGCGCUGGCGCGCGCGGCACAUCGGGCGCCAGGCGGUGAACCAGACCUUGAAGCCCAUGGUGGAUGCGGGCGCCGAGUGGGAGCCUAAGAGGUGUGAGAUCCGCAGUGCCACGGUGGAGGCGAAGACGGGCGUCUUGAAGAAGGGCAUGAAGGUGAAGCUUUCCAAGGUCUACAAAUCCUGCAGCGAUGCCCAGUUCGGCCCCUUGUGCCUUGGCCUUUUUCUGACGGACGUCGGCGACCUGGCGACGGUCGGUGGACGGAAGGAGGGCAUGACAGGCGUGGUGGUGCAGGAGAAUCAAGGAUCCGACCAGCCGGUGAACGUGAAAGCGCCCAAUGGUCAGACCUGGUGGUUCCAGGAGAAGGCCUUGGUGCCUGCCUUUGCUCUUCAGGAUGACUCGCGGCUUUUCACUCCUCUGGGUGAUGAGUUCGAAGGCGUCUCCUUCACUCGGUUCCCCAUCACCCAAGGCAGUGCCUAUGCGGAGGUGCGCGUGCUGCGCACCGGGCGCACCAUGCCCAUCUUGGGCUUCGGCGUCCUGGAGGAGAAGGACGGCAAGACCAUCCUGGUUCGAAUGGCCAUCAUCGAGGGGCGCACAGCCCGAAAGUUGGAUUUGUCGGGACGGCCGGAAGAGGUCCCGGAGCUCCAGCGGAAAGCCACCGGGGAAAAGGAGAAGAAGAGGAGUGCCUCCAAGGACGAGGCAGAGAUGCACUUCGAUCUCUUUGAAGCAGAGGAGGAGGAGAACAUGCCGGAAGACGAGGAGUCCCCGGUCGACGACGGGCAGAAUCAGAACAAGAAGAAAGGCUGGGAUCAUGCGAAGCCCUACGGCGAUCGAUGGCAGGAGGGAGACGUGAUUUGCUGUCAGGUGAUGAUGCCCUCGGGUACCAUCGCCUUUGGCUUGAAUGGUGACUUCCAGGCUCCGAUGGGCACGGCCUUUGAUCUCCAGCUACCGCCCAACAGUCGACUCUGUUUGGUGGCCUCGGCCGGGGAGAACGGCCGCCUCCGGGUGAACGUGGGUCAAGUGGCCUUCUCCUUCCCUCCACCCACGCAGCUGGAGCCACUGUUGCCAGAGAUUGAGGAUGAUGAGGAUGAGAAAGAACCCAAAGAAGGUGAGAGUCAAGCAGGGGCUUCACCGAGCAAGGAGUUGGAUCUCUCCAAGCUGAAGCCCAUCACGGUCUCGGCCUCCAUGGGCUUAGGGGAGCAGAUGAACAUCCGACCCUUGUGGCAGGUGAAGUUGCCGAAAGCGGUCAAGGCUUGGCCGGUGUAUGCCUUGCCCUCUCGAGAUUCCCAGGGACGUCGCGCCAUGAAGGACGGCGAGGUGGUGGAACAGGUGGGCUUGGAGGCCUCUGGCAGUUGGGUCCAACAUCAGGCUGGAUGGAGUCCCUGCCGGAUGGUCGUGGUGGGUCAUGAGUAUGAAGCCUUGAAACCUACUCCCGCAUGGGUGGGCAUCGACAAGAAGCCGAAGGAGAAGGUGCGAAAGGCCAUCAAACGCGUGGUGCACGCGUCCUUUGAUACCGAGCUUUGCUCCCAGCAUUGCUGGAACUUCCGCGGCUCGGAGGAAGCGCAGUGCAGCAACGGGCCCAAUAUGCUCGUGAGCAUGGAGAGUGCUGCCAGCGGCGUCCUUCGAUGGUGUAUCAAGUCCGAGGCAGGCAACAAGGCCAUGGAAGUGGGUGUGGUGCCUGCAGACAAGGCAGAAGAAGGCAACUACCUCUUCGAGCAAUGUGAUUGUGGCGUGAAGUCGACUGGCACGAAGGGUGGAAGCGACAAGAAGGCCUUCGACGUGUAUCUCAAGUACAUCGAGGUCAUUGCAGAUUUGGAUGCAAGGACCAUGAAGGUCAUGGUGGGCGACAAUCGCGACCAGAUGGUCGAGGUGAAGUCCGCUGACAUCCCCUUCGAGGAGGACAUCAAGUUGGCCAUCACAGGCUGGAACAACACCAAGUUGCGCUUGGAGCCGCCGACGCGAGACAAGCUUGGGGACAGUGAUGAAUCUGAAGAGGAGGAGGAGGACGAAGAUGGCCUGGUGGUCACCAGCUGUGGCAACGCGGUGCAGGCGAGCACGUGGCACGUGGCGACGAUGGUGGUGGAUCUGCCAGCCAGCACCUUCCAAGUGUACCUGGACGGCGAAAUGCACUUGAACGUGCGAGAUCCAGGUGGCUUGCUGGCCGACGGCCGCUUCAGUAUCGAUCCGAGAGAAGGAAUGAUGCUCUUCAGCGCGGCCAAGCGUGGGGGCAGCGGCGUGGGCUCGGCGGAUUGGCGCGCAGGUGGGCACUUGCGUUCCAUGCGCUUGGACACCAACGUGCUCAGCCAGUUUGAUGUUUGGGCUCAUCAACUCCCGAAGGGAGUUUGGAUUUGCCGCUGCACUGCGCGAAAUGCCGCCGACGCGCGGGUCUGCUGGCGCUGCCGCAGCACGCGCACGCGCUCCGGAGUGCGACCCCCAGGCGAUGCAGAUCCUCGGGUCGAGGGCCUCACCAUCGUGACGGCCGACUCCUUCCGUGAAUUGGUGCUGGACAGCCAAAAGCAUGUCCUUCUGGUCGCCAGUGCUUCUUGGUGUCCUCCCUGCCAACAGCUGAAGCCCUUGGUCCAUCGCCUGGCGCAGCUCCUGUCCCAUGGGCCGAUGAUUGCCAUUGGCGUCAUCGACACGGACGAGAACGAGUUGCAAAGCCGUUACUUCCCAGAGCCCCACAUCCCCAACGUGAAGUUCUUCCUUCAAGGCAAGAAGCGGCAACCCAUCUCGGUCCAGGGCGCGUCGGGCAUGUCCUUAGAUGAGCUGGCAGGGUUCAUCGAGCAACACACGGGAAUCAGCAUUCAAUCGGCCAUUGAGAAGAGCUUCCCCGCGUAUGCGGAGCGUGUCGGCGUCUAUGAGCUCCUGAAGAAGCUCCGGGCCUGCGCGAUGACCAAACAGGUCCAAAGAAGUCCGGGCCAAGCGCCCUUGAAGUCCCUGGCAUCCUUCUUGUAUAACGAGCUGAUUACCGGAUGCCAGGCUGCCACCAGUGCCCCAAGACGCUUGCCACCACCCGGUCCACCGGCCUUACAGCGAGCGAUCUCUGCCAAGGCGCCCACUGCUGCUGGCGCACCCCCUGCGCUGAUGCGCGCGGUGUCGGGCGGUGGUAGUGGAGCACGGACCCGCGCGCAGAUCGGGUACUCACCCACCUUGGCGAUGGGGGUGAGCGACCCGCGCCUGACGGAGCGUCUGCUGGAUGAGCUGGAGAAGAAGCUCCUGAGCACCGCGCGCGUGGCGCAACCCGAGGACUUCAAAAGCUUCUUGACGAGCUUCUUGCUGCGUGCAUCUUGCCCAAGCUACAACCACGCGAACUUCUACAAUGCCAUGUCCAGGGUCUCGUGGCAAGUGGCGCCCCAGGCUGUCAAGCUGCUGGCGGCCACGCGCAUCUUCCGCUUCGUCCUCCGCUGGGCCCAGCAGCGCCGCCUCCGCGCCGGCGCGCCGCCGCUCGCGGCGCCUUGGGCGCCGCCGCCUCCGGCGGCGGAGAUGAGCGCGGCGGCGCAGCGGCACAGCUGGAGGCGCAUUGAGAUCGCCCUGUCCAACGAGGAGUACCGACACGGACUUGCCGAGUUGGGCCUCUUGUUGGAUCGUGGUCUUCCACCGGAUACCGCUCCCUUCGGGCUCACACCCUUGCUCUUAGCGGCGGCGAUCGGCCACCUCCCAGCGGCUCAGUUCCUCUACGUGCGCGGCGCGUCGCCCCACGUGCCCGGUGGACAGCCGCCCAUCUUGCCGGUGGAGGCGGCCGCUAGGCACAACCACCUGCGCAUCGUGGAGCUUCUGAUCGAGAACGGCUCCUGCAGCAGUCGGGCCCUGCACUUCGCGGCGGCAGGGGGGUCCACGGACGUGGCCAACUACCUGUUAUCCAAGUCGUGCUCGCCGGAUGCCACCGUGCAGGGCUUGUCACCGGUGGCAGUGGCGCUCAUCUCCCGGCAGCACUCAAUGGCCUGCCUGCUGUUGUCACACUGCGACGAGGCGGCCCUGGGAGCACCGCUCUCGGACGAGGGCUGCAGCCAUUGCGGCUUGGCGCCCGGGUCCACCGUGGCGCACCUGGCCGCCGCCGUGGGCGGCCUCUGCGAGGCUUUCUUCCAGGGCUUGCUCAAGACCUUGCCGCCCAGCACGGUGAUGGCACCCAACCACCGCGGUCAGACCGCCUUGGACUUGAUGCCGACCACGCUGCGGAUCGCGAUCAAACCGCAGAUUUACAGCGCGUUGGCGGCCGCGGCCGCGGAGCAGAGCAGUCAUCAUGAGGCGGUUGCCCUGGCCCUCGAACGGAAGGCAGACCCCCUGGUGAGCGAUUCUCGUGGAUUCAGCCUGCUGAAUUUGGCGGCCUAUUCUGGAGAAGAAGCCCUGGUUGAUGUGAUGCUCUCGGCGGAUGCAAAGCAAGUGCAGAUCACAAGCCAUCUUUCAGCACUCAUGUGGGCUCACUGGUGUGGCAAUACCAAUAUCGUUCUGAAGCUCACCUCCAAAGGCGCCUCCUUGAGCAAUGCCGACUUGGAAGGUCUCCAACGCUUGCGUCAGGCAGCCGCCGAGCUGGAGGCCGGAAAGGAGAAAGCAGAGGUGUCCUCGUCGGCAUCCCCUCCGCCAGUAUCGGCAGCGCGUUCCGCGGGAGUGAAGCUCCUGUGGCCGGAGCUGGCGAAGAUUUGGCUUCAUUGCUGGCCGCCGCAGAUCCCCAGCAACCUCUCCCCCUCCACCAACACGUAUCUCUACUCCGCACGACCCUUAAUGGCGCGAAUGACCUGGGGCGCUGGCAUGGAUCAUGGCACAGCCAUGCCGAGCACUGGUCAGGUGGCGGUCGAGGAAGAGGAGAAGAAGCCAGCGGGGAAGCUGGCAGAAGAGUUGCUUCAAGCAAUUCGCCUGGCAGGAGCCAACGAGCACGCUUUGGCCAGCGCCCAGCUGUUAGCACUGCGAUUGACCGCCGAAGGGAAAGCUGGAUUAUCUCCUGGAAACAUUGUAGCGUUGAAUCUGUUCCUCUCCGAUGUCUCCUUCCACAGCGAGUGUAGCACGGCCCUGAGCGCGCAGCUCUCGCAGAGCCCGGCACCGGCCGUGCGCGAGCGGGCAGCGGACCUGAUGAGCGCCCACUCGGAGCUGACCAACGCUCUGCAAGCCCUCCCUGCUCGGAAGGUGGUGUGUUUCCGCGCCUUGCGCCUGACGUUGGCGGGUGGCUUGCGCGACUUCUUGCGCGGCCAUCGCUUGGGCAUGGAUUGUUAUCGACCCGGAAGUAUUGUGAUGUGGAGGCACCCCACCUCGUGCACUCAAGACCCUGCUUUGGCAGAAGAGUUAGCGCUACAUGGGGAGCCUGCUGGUGCUUGUGGCAUCGUCUUCAAAAUCCGCCGGACGGCGUCCGCCCGGCCGGUAGCCGAGUUCUCGACCACGCCGGAACACCAGGAGGUGCUGUUCCCGGCUGGGAGCAUCUUCCGGGUGUUGGGCUUCUAUACCUGCACCUCGCAAUGUUUGAGGAAGGGCACCGGCAGCGCCUCGAACGCCUGGUCCGCGGAGCUGGGCUCCGCCGUCGCCGCGAGCGGCGGGGACGCGCUGACCUGGGAGGAGGUCUGCCGCUCUCGUAGUGCCAUGGUCUUGCUGGAUGAAGAGGACCCCACCGUGGCGGUGCAGCUUGUGCCCUUGCGCUUGCGCGCACGGCAGGAGCCGAACUCGGUCCAGAGUCCAGAAGUGUUGGAUGCACUUCCGAUCUGGAGGCGACAUGCAUUACAACUCUUUAAGACCGACAUGUGCCAGUUCUUUCUUGAAGGACGUUGUGAAAACGGUGACCUUUGCUCUUACGCACACAAGGAGACAGAGGUUCGAAACAAGCCAGAUCUGACCAAGACAAGCAUGUGCAGGAAGCUGCUCCGCGAUGGAGCGUGUAACGAUGAGCGAUGCCGAUUCGCGCAUUCGGAGGCUGAGCUACGCUCGACCUCCGGAUUUUUCAAGAUGAAGAUGUGCGUAUUUGCGCAGUCUGGUAAAUGCAAAAACGGCAACCGUUGCCGUUUUGCCCAUACGACGGAUGAAUUGCUCCCUCCGAAGCCUCCCAAGGUGGAGGAGGAAGCGAGCAUUCAAGACAAGAAGAUUGAUGCGCAAGCCUUGUCUUCGCUGGGACAGAGACACAAGACUGCCCCUUCACAACAGGAAUCGCAUGGCACUGGUGGCAGCACUGCCACGGGCAAUGGUGAAAGCACCAGCAGCAACGGUGGCAGCACCAGUGGACAUGCGAGUGGCCAGUCCAGCAACGAGAACAGCGGUUCCGGAGAGGCUCAACAGGCGCACCAGCAGGCGCAGCGCCAGUCACGGCGCGCCACGAACUUGCCGCAGAAAUGGACCACCGAGCAGAUGGAGAGGACGGAGAACAGCAACGAGAACUCCGACGGCAGCUCCUGGGCCUCGGGCAACUCCUCGGUCACCGUGGUCCCCAGGAGUGAGCACACAACGACGGGCUCACCACAGCCGACCAGUGACAGUAGCAGCAGUGGCGCCGCCAACACCGAAAGCGCCGCCAAUGCCUCUACAGGCGCCACUGAAAGCCUCAGCAAAGGUCGGCGAGGGCAGAGGACCUCGUCCGGUGGCGAUCUGGAGCAGGCCACCACUUUGCUCAUCAGCAACAUGCCGAUCUACUUGACCCAAGGUGCCUUGCUGUCUAUGUUUGAGGACUUGACCACGACCAUGCGAGGGAAGUUUGAUUUCUUCUACUGUCCAUGGGAUCACAAGGCGGGGCACAACUUUGGCUAUGCCAUCAUCAACUUCACGGACGUCGCUCAUGCCAACGAGUUUCAACAACAAUGGACCAACAAGGACCUCUUUCGCUCUGGCCGUGGCUCCAAAACGAUGAAAGUGAGCAAGGCGACGCUGCAAGGAUUCGACGCGAACGUGGACUACUUCCGAAAGGCUGAGAUUGGUGGGCGUUGCCGGGAUCUUCGCUUUCGGCCGCUUUACCGAGAUGGCGAAGGUAAGCUACAACAUUUAGAGCUGGCUUUGCCUGGUGGCGUGCAGCCACGCAAGCCGGGAGCGGCUGAGGUGAACCAUCACCUGAGGAAGGUGACCCGAGCGGCGGACAUACCCAAAGAACCUGACACCGGACAAGGCGGUGAAAGCAAGAAGGCUGCGGUCUUAGGUACGUCCAGGCCGGAGGAACGCAGCCGAAGCCAGGUGGAAGAACGUCGUGGUCGCCCACGGAAGCGAAGGCCUGACAUGGCCGAGGCGAGCGCUGCGGCCGAGGCGCCUCCACCCAGCACACCGCUGCCCGAGCAGCAAGAAGUCAUGCCAGGCGUGCAGCCGCAUGACAUUUGGCAAAAGAUGUCCUUGCAACAGCAACAACAAGAGCUCGGGCCUCACUCCAGAAGGCUCUACUAG